CUAGGUUAUACAAAAUAAAAAUAAAACCAGAAAAAAUGGCGAAUGUAAGGUGGGGAGAAUUGGAAGAAGACGACGGUGAAGAUCUUGAUUAUCUUCUGUUACCUGCACGUCAGGUCAUAGGUCCUGACGAAAAUGGAAUCAAGAGGGUUGUUGAGUACCGGUUCGAUGAUGAUUAUAAUAAGGUUAAGAUCACCACAACCACUCGCAUUCGAAAACUCGCCAACGCGCGUCUCAGCAAAUGCGCCGUCGAACGCCGUUCGUGGCCCAAGUUUGGAGAUGCCGUUCGUGAAGACGUUGGUGCACGCCUCACUAUGGUUUCCACGGAAGAAAUCGUUCUCGAACGCCCCAAAUCUCUUGGUUCCAGCAAGGAGGAUGCAAAGAAUAGUGACCCAGGUGCUGUUCUUAUGGUAUGCAGGACUUGUGGGAAGAAGGGUGAUCAUUGGACUGCAAGGUGUCCAUAUAAGUCUGAUGAAAGCGUUGUUGAUAAAACUCCAACAGAUGAGACUAAGGAUAUAUAUGUACCCCCUCGCCUGAGAUCUGAUAUUGACAGAACUAUUGAUUCAAACAUGAGGCGGAGGAACGAUGAGAAUUCUGUUCGGGUAACCAACCUCUCGGAAGACACAAAGGAGGCUGAUUUGUUUGAGCUUUUCAGGCCUUUUGGUGAUGUGAUCAGGGUCUAUGUUGCUAUAGAUCAAAAGACUGGCAUGAGUAGAGGCUUUGGCUUUGUUAACUUUCGCAGCAGGGAAGAUGCUCAGAGGGCUAUUAACAAACUCAACGGAUAUGGCUACGAUAAUCUCAUUCUGAGACUUGAAUGGGCCACCCCUAGAACAACCUAGGUGUUGGCUGCUUUUUAGUUUUUUUUGCCCCAUUUUCUUUCUGAGUUCAGAACCAUGUGUUUAUUUCCCU